CUUGGGCCACCCUACCAUUUGCAAGGAAAAGAAAGAGGCAUUCGCUCUCUGGGGUUUGGUUGGCCACUCAGCACAUCCUGAUUCAGACUUAUUUAUCAUGUGUACGUGGAAACAUAAAAUGAAAUGUGUCGUUUGCACUAACAACCAGUACAAUCUAAGGAUGUGCUAGGGCAGCCCACAAGUGUCACCAUACAUUCCAUCAUCAACGUAGCGUGUCCACAAGGCUCAGCAGAACAACACAACACAACAAACCUGCUUUCUCUCUUCCCUGCCAACCACCUACCCACCCAUACCUCCAGUUGGAUAAUGCUUAAUCUGGAGCCCAAUUCCCAGCUAUAAACAUGUCGAAGGCUGACCUAGUUGAGAAGGCAAAGUUCGCUGAGCAGGCGGAGCGCUAUGAUGACAUGGCGGCCGCGAUGAAGGCCGUCGCUGAGAAGGGUGACGAGCUCUCAAACGAGGAGCGGAACCUGCUGUCUGUCGCUUACAAGAACGUGGUUGGGACUCGUCGUUCAUCCUGGCGAGUCAUCACUAGCAUUGAGCAGAAGAAUGAAGAUGAAGCUAAGGCGCAACUGGUAAAAGAUUACCGAGAGAAGAUUGAGAAGGAGCUUCAGGAUAUCUGCCAUGAUGUUCUGAGACUGCUGGACGAGUAUCUUAUCACCAAUGCAACUUCUUCUGAGAGCAAGGUCUUCUAUCUGAAGAUGAAAGGAGAUUACUACAGAUACCUCUCCGAAGUUGCAAACGAGGCACAGAAAGCGAAUACCGUGGAUUGCUCACAAAAGGCCUACGAUGAGGCAUUUCAGAUCAGCGAGGCUGACAUGCAACCAACCCAUCCCAUCCGCCUUGGUCUGGCCCUCAACUUCUCCGUGUUCUACUACGAGAUCCUGAACUCUCCUGAAAAGGCAUGCAAGCUGGCAAAGUCGGCAUUUGAAGACGCUAUUACAGAACUAGACUCUUUGACUGAUGAUUCGUACAAAGACAGCACCUUGAUUAUGCAGUUACUACGAGACAAUUUAACUUUGUGGACCUCGGACAACCAGGGAGAGGAAGUGGAGCAGGCUGAAGGGGAGAACUAAACCCACAUCACCUCCUGCCCCCUUUAUUCACUUUCACCUCCUGUCUGCCUAACUGCCCCACCGUUCUCCUGUUAGUAAUCACUGACUCCCCAUCCCAUAGACUCCAGGAUCACCAGCAGCCUGUAUUUCAAUGCACCAGCAAACACUGAGAGAAGUCUGUCACCAGCAGUAGCUCUAAGCUGUCGUGGUUACUGCACAUUUUGGUUUAGGUUAUGUGAAUGUAACCUGGCGUGUUAAGUUGAAAUUUCUCUUGUGAUAAUUUUGAAGGGAAUGUGUAGUGAAGAGACAGGUGUAAGGAUCACAUUCUUGGAGCACUUCAUGGCGAGAGACUUGUUGCUUUGUUAAAUCAAUUAAACAGUCAGCCCUGUUAGGUAGAGAGCUUUUCAUCAUCUUCCUGCUCUGUGACUUUCCUCUGGUCAUUUUCCUGCAGGUAAGAUCCCAUUGUCCAGACUGUCCUGUGCAAUCUCCACCACUACCCCCCCCCCCCCCCCACCCCACCCAACCACUUUGUCAGCAUGGCCUUGUGAACAGAUGGUAUUGCUGGCUUCCAUCGUUGCUUCAGUGAUUUUCCUGCUCUGGGAGCUGGGUGCUAGUGGGGAGUCUUGACAGAUAGUUGAUAGUGUAAUAGUUGGUGGGCUUUCAUUUCAAGCCAGCCAGUUGGGACUACCUUCUGCACUAUCGUCAUGCUGAUGACCCUAGUGUUUGUAGUUUCAGUGCCCAUGUUCCUGCCCCUCUCCACACUUCUGCACAAUCCACUGUGGGCUGCUGACUGCCUCCGAUGGGCGGUUCAGGUUUCGUAUCAGGUGUACUCGGUUACAUCAGCUGUCUCUUCCCUCUGCUCUGGGUUCCUUGUGUUUGUCCCCUCUGCCCUCUCCCCACCACCACCAUCCCCAUUUCCUGAUAUUCCAUUGGAAUAGGGAUCAUUUCUGUUGUUGUUCCUCUGUCUUCCAUUCAACGUUAUAAUGUCUCCUCACCUGUGGUAGUAACUUUGGUAACCAGCUGUAGCCUAUUUCUAAUCACUGUGCACACAUAUUCUUGGUAUUAAAAUAAUAUUUUUCUUCACUGAUGCAUCAGCCCUGACCUUUCCCUAUAAAUUCUGCCUUGAUGCUCUGAAGCUUCUUUUCAUGGAGCUGGUGAGAAGGGUGGGGGGGGUCAAUGUCAUCCAUUUAAUUUAUCAUUCCCCACCCCACCCCCCCGAGUAAUGAUAUUUUCUAAAUUAGACUGAAAAAACAGUCCUUCCAGCAUCAACCUACACUGUUCACUUCCCUGGACACCAAGUAUUGAUUGGCAGAUUUCAGUCAGGAUCUACUGGAAAGGCUUGGUGUCAGCUGCACCCAGGGGCAUUAGCUGAGCGGUGCCACAGUUCUGUUGAAAUGCAUUCUUACCUGUGUAGUUGGAAUGGAAAGGGUGGGAAUGUACAACAGUAGUCAGUGUCACAGAAUACAUUCCUGACUUUUGUUCUGAUCACAUUUCACAGAUGCGUACCCCUCAUCUAAUUGUCAUUUUAGUCUGUUUGUCCACUGGAAAAAUGCACCAUGCACUGAAUUUUAAAAAAUAAGAUUGAAAUUUCUUUUAGCCGACUUUUAGGUGAUCUCUGGUAGUGAACUUGGAACGGCCCCCUAUCCAGCAUCUGUUUAUCCUGUAGCUGCCCACCUGCUUGGUUUUUUACAGAUCAGUAUUCUGCCUCCAUUCACUUCUGUGGCUGUUGUAGCACACACGUGAUUGCGGAACAGUAGGACAAACAUAUUAAAAUUUGUUUUUGAUGUACAAUUAGAUUUGUGUAAGUUUUUUUUAAAUGGACUGCAAAGGAAAAUAAAUUCUGAACAUGUGCAAGACAGUUCAAAGUGAAAAUAAAAGUUUUAUUCAGUAA